AUGGAGGACCCCAAGACUCUGUCAGAUUCAUCAAUGGUGGAAAGCGUGGUAGCAUCCAACUCGACACCCGACCUGGCCGAGUUCAAGGAGUCGGAAGGAUACGUAGCCACGGUCGACACUGAACACCGUGGAAAUCUCAAGACUGCCAAAGAUGGACAUACUAUUCUGAUUCCUCAACCCUCAGAGGACCCCAAUGACCCUCUCAACUGGAGUCCAGUUAAGAAACAUGUCAUACUGUUCAUCAUUAGCUUUGCAGCGUUUCUUCCUGACUAUGGAAGUGCAACUGGUGCUGUGACUCUCAUCCCCCAGAGUUUGGGAUAUGAGCCCAGACACAGUCAAUCACUCACAAGUAGGAAACGUCUUCAUGCUUGGCGCGGGCGGUAUUUUCGUGGUAGCUCUCUCAGCAUGGGCAGGCCGUCUACCCAUAUUGUUUUAUUUUCUAGUUCUGGCUACAGCAACAGCAGCAUGGUCACCGUCUCUCAAGGUGGUGGUCUAAUGUUCAUCUUCGACAUGUUCUUCUUCCACGAACGUGCCCGCAAAAUUAAUAUCUGGGCUGCCUUCAUCAUUCUGUCUCCUUAUAUGGGACCGUUGCUGGCUACUGCGCUUGCACUCAUCCUUACAGUUCUCUUUGUACAAGAAUCGUAUUACGAUCGCCGUAUUGCGCCGGCGAGCCAGCCGCCUAGAGGCUCACGCAUUGCCAGGUUGACGGGUGUCGCUCAAUAUAAGUCUCGCCAUCUUCGAAACAGCUUUGGUCAAGCUUGCAUGCGGCCAAUUCGAGUCAUUCUGAAGCCAACCGUCUUUUUGUCUUCGCUUUACUACUUGCUGACCUUUGCAUGGGUUGUCGGCAUCAAUACUACUCUCUCAAUCUUUCUGACACCUCUAUACAACUUUGGUCCUAAGCAAAUAGGUUUCUUCUACUUUACACCCAUUGUCGCUGCCCUUCUGGGUGAAAUAACAGGUCACUGGCUGCACGAUGGUAUUGCCCGGCAGUACAUCAAGUCGCACAACGGUCACUUUGAGCCAGAGAUCAGACUGCGCGCUAUGUGGUUCAGCACACCGUUCAUGCUUGCCGGUCUAGUGGGAUUGGGAUUCGCUCUCGAGGACGCAUACCACUACAUGGUGACCGCCGUAUUCUGGGGCUUAUAUGUCUUUGGGAUCAUGGUGUCCACGGUGGCGCUAAACGCGUACAACCUUGACAGUUAUCCCGAGGCGUCGGGUGAGGUAUCUGCCUGGAUCAACUUUGCACGAAGUGAGUUAGCCCUUCCAUUAAAGUUACCAUGUGUUUUGGCUAAUACUUUGUAG